ACAUACACAAUUAAAUCAACAGCUGAUUCACACACGAGACACGACCGCAAUCUGCAAUGGUAUUAAAGUAACUCUUCAGUUCGCGAUGUUCAGUUGAAUGAAGUAGACUUUGAUGAAAGGUACAACAACAGCAACAACAACAGUGACAUACAAAAAGGAGUAUCUGCAUUGCGAACGAUUUUUCGGUGUGCAAAAAGACAUUAAAAGGACGUUAAAUGUUAUAACAAAAAUUCAAUGAUUUUCGUAGCAAUUUUUAUUUAAUUUAUUGUGUCCAAAAAAGUCCUUGAAAAAUAAAAAUUUAAGUGUUUUUGUCAUGAAAAAGUGCUUUAAAACCGAUUCCUGUGAAAAUUGUGAUUGGUAGUUUUUAUAAAAAAAAAAAAUAUUUUUAAUAAAUUAAACAAAAAAAAUGACGAUAACAUACACAGCACAAGUAGCAACCUGUAAAGGAUUUGGAUGCUUUUUAAAACUUUUGUUCAGAUGGCGUGGCAGCAUUUACAAAUUAGUAUGGCUGGAUUUAACUUGCUUCCUGUUUCUGUAUUACUCCCUCAAUAUUACCUACAAAUUUUUAAAUCCUGAUGAGAAAAGAAUCUUUGAGGCAAUUGUAAAAUAUUGUCAUGUAUAUACAAACCAAAUUCCGCUAUCCUUCGUGCUCGGUUUCUACGUUAGCAUUGUGAUGAACCGUUGGUGGGGUCAAUACACGAGCAUUCCGUGGCCCGAUCCGAUUGCCGUCUUUGUGAGCACAAACAUUCACGGACAAGAUGAACGAGGACGUGUGAUGCGUCGUACCGUAAUGCGCUACGUUUGCCUUUGUCUCACAAUGGUCUUCACAAAUAUCUCACCGCGCGUGAAAAAACGUUUCCCAACAUUGGAUCAUCUGAUAGAAGCCGGUCUUCUCAAUGAAAACGAAAAAAGUAUCAUGGAUGACUUGAAUGAAAAAUUUCCGCGUCACUCAAAGCAUUGGUUGCCAAUUGUGUGGGCUGCAAGUAUCAUAACACGCGCUCGAAAGGAAGGCAGAAUAAGAGAUGAUUUUGCUGUAAAGACAAUAAUUGACGAAUUAAAUAAAUUCCGUGGUCAAUGUGGUUUACUCAUCAGUUACGAUACCAUCAGUGUUCCUCUUGUCUACACGCAAGUAGUAACUCUCGCAAUUUACUCGUAUUUCGUCACAUCAAUUCUCGGGCAACAAUGGGUCGAAAACAAGAAAAUCGAAGAAGGCGUUUACAACAUUGUCGAUAAUUACUUCCCGAUUUUCACAACGCUUGAAUUUUUCUUCUACAUGGGAUGGUUGAAAGUGGCUGAGCAGCUGAUCAAUCCUUUCGGCGAAGACGACGACGAUUUCGAGGUGAAUUGGAUGGUCGAUCGUAACUUGCAAGUGUCGUACUUAAUUGUUGAUGAAAUGCAUCACGAGCAUCCCGAACUGCUGAAGGAUCAAUAUUGGGACGAAGUCUUCCCCACGCAACUGCCGUAUACCGUGGCUUCCGUGCAAAAUAAGGAGCAAGAACCGCAACCGUCAACCACGAAUAUUGAAGUGAAGAAGAAGCAGGCGGAGGUUAUUCCGGUGUCACAAUCAACAAAUCGCCUCGAAGAUAUGGUCGGUAAAACUUCUAAUAGUGUUAUUUACAGAUUCCCAGAAAAAGAAGGAGAAAUAGUGGAUGGCAAUGAAAAGGGCGAGGAGGAUGACAAUACGAGCGGCAUUCACUUCUCCGCGACCCGUCACAGAACAACCUCCGGAUCCUCCAACAGCAUGCACAGCAUCGCAGGCACCAUGUCUCGCGUCAAUACUGUCGCUUCUGCCCUCAAACGUUUCCUGAGUCGCGAUGAAAGUCGCACGAACGUCACAACGCCCGAAGCUCCCACAAAACUGCCCGGCUCCGCAAGCAGUGCGAGUCUCACGCAUCGCCAAAUCUCCCAUCCAGCGGGAAGUGUUCGCAUCACCGACCAAGUAAUCGAAGAAGUUGACGAACAAAUGACAAUUACGUCGACAAAAGGACACGAACCGCGUCCCAACGUUCAAAGCAUAUUCCAGCCACCGCCAGAAGUUCCCGUCGAAUAUACUCGUUCCGUCUCCAACAACAUCCCGAUGGAAGCGAUGCUGCCCAAAGGCGGUGUCGAUGCUCUUUUGGGCGUUCCCUCGAGUGUUCCGUCGCACAAAGAUGUCGAUCAGGGCGACAGUCGAGGCGAAGGAGGAGAAUUAGACUACAAUUUGCCCGUUGACGAGUUCGAGUUACUCAAAGCGAAGCGCGAACAAGAACGUCUCGAGCGGCAACAAGAGUUACUUGCGCGAACAAUCAGCACGCAACCCGCAAUUCCGCAUCCCGAACAACAGCUAGACACGGAUUUGCUGCUGGAAAAUCUCCAUACUUUGGCUGCCGAUAUGACAGCUGAACAACAACAACAACAACAAGACAAAUCAGCAGGCGGCGGCGAUACUCAGUUAUGAUCGAGCUUGUACCAGAAUGUUAGAUCGGCCUCGUUUUACGUUAAUUAUCCUUACGAAGAGGAGGAUGACGCUGUUUCAAGGCAGCACGUUAAUUUUAUACCUGAUUAGACUUUUUUUUGUUAAUUUUUGUCGCUGCUAUUAGAUGUAAGAAAAAAAGAGCGCCUUUAAAAUUCGAAUUUUGUAAUAAAAAAAAAAAUUAAGAAUCUUGUAUCUAAAACAGUAUUUUUCUAAUAAAAAAGCACAAAAUAAAAUUUUAAGAAUCAAAUCACACAAAAAAACGAAAGAGACAAAAUGUUACUGAUUAUAUAGAUAUUUUUAAUAAUUAAUUAAUUAAUUAACGAAAC